AUGAUAUACAUCUGGUUUCUUAUCAUUCAAGCGUCAGCAAUCCAAUUCCUGCACGUUCUUUACAGUCAAUAUACUGAAGAGCAGCUUUUAGAGUCAUUAGUUCAAUCAUUUAACAUAAACUACUCCCAACUGGUCGAAACCAUAGUAAUUGAAAUCACUCAAGAAACUCCAAUUCAAAAUCUACUUGUAAACGCUAGCAUAAUUAUAGACUCAACUUCAAGCCUGGCUCUUAGCAGCAAAAUAUCAAAAGUAUCUUCAGAAUUGGAGUUUCUACAUCUGGUAGUAGGCAAACCUUCAGAAUCCUUCCAAGAUUGGGACUAUUUUACCUUGCUUCCUGAAAUGAGACAUUACGAAGCUUUGAAUAGCAUAUUAAGAUUAUUCAAUUGGUCGCAAUAUGUAAUAAUUCAGAGCGAGUCAUUUGAGUCAACCCAACUAACAAAUAUUUUCAAAGAAUAUCAGCUCGAUCAGAAUAUUAAAUUUUUCUCUUUUCCCAAUUCCCAAAGCCAAAAUGUAUCUGACGAUUUGGUCGGCGUUCAAGUGAAGCCAUCAGGGUUGCUUAAUAUUCUUAUUUUAAAUGAAGGAGAAGGUGCUAGAAAGCUUAUAUCGUCUCUUAUUACAAAAAAAAAUUACAAAGAAAAUUCAGGAGUGCUGCUUAGUAGUAAAGGCUUGUGAGGUGCAGAAGCAGAUGGCACUAUUAUCGUUGUUGAAAAAGAUUUGGAAAGCGCAACAAGUUUGGCUAACUAUAAAGCUUUAUCUGUGCUUAAAAUAUUGGCUUAUAUCGAUUUAACAAACGAUUCUAAUUAUGCAAUCAAGAAUCAGCUAAAAGUUGCACUAAAUUCUAAAAAUCAUCCAAUACCCCAAUUUUCGAUUGUUAAUAUACAAAAUAAUAAAAGAGUGAUUAUAGGAUCAAUCGAGGAAACUAAUGUAAAAUUUCAAAUCUCACCAGUUUUCCCGGGAAAUACUUUGAAGUACCCUGACUCGAAGAACGCUGCUGUAACAAUUUCAGUAGCUUCAGGUAAAAGCAACUAUAAUGGAAUUCCCUAUUAUUCUAAUAUAUGAGUUAAAACAGGAGCUCUUUUUGCCAUUGGGUAUGCAAAUUCUAUAAGUGUGAUCCCAAAUUACAUAAUAAAAACACAUAAUACAGAUUGUAGCGCUGAACUCUACAAUCAUAAUUUUUCCUAUAAUUGCUUAGCUAAAGAGGUUGGGAAUUUUGGCUCAUUUUACAUACCUUCUAUAAUUAAUGACGUAUGCUUUGGCACAAUUAAUGACUUUAACCUCUUAGACAUUCAAAUACCCAUGAUAGCAGAUGGUUGCCCAAGCCCAUUAUUAACAAGCAAAGAGAGUUAUCCCAAAUUUACAAGGACUACUAAGACUUUGGCUUAUCAUGCCGGCAUCAUUCCAAGCUUGAUGUCAAUUUUUGGGUGAAAAGACAUUGUUGCUAUAUAUGAAAACUCAACAUUUGGUCUUAGCCUUUAUAAUGCUUUCCUAACUAAUGCAAAAGCUGCAGGAAUUAAUAUUUUAAAUGAUGAGAAUAAGAGAAUGAUAAAGCCUUUCUACUCUCCAGCAGACUUUAAUGACUAUGCUUAUGUGGUUUCUCACGCAAUCAAGACUACUGGAAGAAUUUUCGCAUUUUUUGUAUUUCUGGAAAAUAACGAGCAAUUUUAUUUGAUUUCUCAGUUCUAUGACAUGGGACUUAGAAAAGGUGACGCAGUUUUUAUUAUCUAUGAGCAAGCAAGCUAUUUUAAUCAUAUUUCUGCUUUCUCACAGAGAACAUUAGCGCAAAAAUAA